AUCUCAGGUGUCAAAGAACCCUUUUCUGAAGAGAGGGGAGGGGGCGUCAGAGGAAGACAGGCCGCUCUGGAUUGGAUGUGGAGACUUCGAUUUUCCUAAGGCUGCGUCAUUUAGAAGCCAAUUGGGUCCAGAUGUUAUGGGCACCGACGGGUUACCGUCUCGGAAACUCUCAAUCACGCAAGCGAAAGGAGAGGAGGCGGGUAAUUAAAUAUUGAGCAGAAAGUCGCGUGGGGAGACUGUCACGUGGGCCUCGAAGCUCGUCACUCCUGGGAUAAAUACCGCGAAGCAGGGAGCAGGCUAAAGAGCGCUCUCGGACCUCCUCCUCCACCGCCGCUGCCAAGGAGAGUGCGGAGCCCGGGGGUGCACGCAUUGCAGCGGAGACCCAGGCCGAGCGCCGCAGUGAGAUUUUAGCCCUAACCUGAGUUCCGUUGUGGGGCCGAAAAUUAUUCUCUUGGAAAUAUAUCUCUCUCCUCGGUGUCUUCUCCUCUGCUCUUCUCAGAAAUCCAACAUGAAAAUCCUCGUGGUCUUGGCAGUCUUUUUUCUGGUCUCCACACAACUGUUUGCAGAAGAAAUUGGUGCCAACGAUGAUCUAAAUUACUGGUCCGACUGGUCCGACAGUGACCAGAUCAAGGAGGAGCUGCCGGAGCCCUUUGAGCAUCUUCUGCAGAGAAUUGCCCGGAGACCCAAGCCUCAGCAGUUCUUUGGACUAAUGGGCAAACGGGAAGCUGAUUCCUCAAUUGAAAAACAAGUGGCCCUGUUAAAGGCUCUUUAUGGACAUGGCCAGAUCUCUCACAAAAGGCAUAAAACAGAUUCCUUUGUUGGACUAAUGGGCAAAAGAGCUUUAAAUUCUGUGGCUUAUGAAAGGAACGCAAUGCAGAAUUAUGAAAGAAGACGUAAAUAAACUACAUAACGUUAUUUAUUCAGCUUCAUUUGUGUCAGUGGGCUAUUAAAGGUAAAAUAAAACAUGCACUAUAAGGAAUAAUUAUUUAUUUAAAAACAAUUAUUGUUAUGAGUUGAAAACUCAGAGAAAGUGUUUAUUUUUCAUAUUGUGCUAAUAUGUGUUGUAAACAUGUGCUAUAAUUCUAAUGACUCCCCAGAAGUAGAAAUCAGUAAUAAUUUCUCAAGAAAGCACAGUGUUCAGUGAAAUUAUAAAACCUGUGAUAUGGUCUCCAAAGGAAGAAAUCAUUGAUUUGAAGCAGUCAUGACUGCCACUACAGAAGGGAAGGAAACUCCUGUGCAAAAUUGUGUUUCUUGUUGGGUUUCAUGGUAAAAAUGCACUGAGACCUUGGUAUCAAGCUGUAUUUGUGUCUCUGCAGCAUGUUCCAUGUUUUGUGCCUAUAUGAAGAUGUUUAAAAAAGUUUUAAUGUGAUUCAAAAGUCUUGAUUCAUUGUAUGGUGUGAUGUGAUAGCUACCAUUUUAAAUAAAA